AUGAAUCCAGAAAUAUGGUCAGUAGAGGAGGUUUGCGAUUGGCUUCGCCAAGAAAACUUUGAAAGACUAAUAGAAAUAUUCAAAGAAAAUAAUGUAGACGGCAAAAGUUUGAUGAAGAUCAACAUAGAGAAGUUACGUAGAUUUGAUGUUCCUUCUAAAGAUCAUUAUGUUUUUCUGAACACAAGAGAACUGCUUAGAUCUAAAGCAAUUCAAGGGGAUAAUCCACACCCUCCAAUUGCUCGUUUAAUUCUUCCACCGGAUCCAUCAACUUUGUUACCAUUUGAAUCUCAAAAAGAAAUAGUCGAUCUUGAGGAUGGUACCGACAUUAGCAUUAGUAAUGACGAAAUGUUCGAAAGUGAUGAAAAGUCUGGCGACGAAGUGAGUUCAAUGGAUUUAGAUGAUGACGAAGAUUUAAAUGAUGAAGGAGGUCUAGAUGAAGAUUAUGAUUCAAAUUUAAGUGAAGAUCUAGUUGAAAAUGUAGAUUCUUCCAUACACUUGGAUGAAGAACCAUUAUCUCGUUUUCGUGCUGCACCAUAUGGAGCUGAGCAAUUUACGGAAGAUGAUUUUAAAAGAGCAGAAGAAGUGAAAGCAGAUUACGGAUAUCUUAGACAUUGGAUGUAUAUGGAAGAAGAUGAAUUACUUCCAGUAUACGGUGAAAGUGAUGAAGAGAACAAUUAUAUUUCUAGCGAUCUCGAAGAAGAAGUAAUGGAAGAGGAAGAGGAUAUCAAACAUAAAGGGGAGCAAAGCCUCUUUAUUAUGAGAAAUGUUGAUGAUAAAGAGUCAGAAGUUAUAACGUCUGACAACCUAGUGGAGCCCCAAGUUGAUCACGCAGAUCAAAUGAUUCUUGAUUAUAUUAGUAGUUUUCGGAAAAUAUGGGAAGAUGGAGAAUUACAGAAAAUAGAAACAUUACGCUACAAAUAUUGGAGGAAAUUAUUCCCACGAAAACAACAACGGGAACCCCAAAAAGUUAUCGAUGAAUUGACAGAACAACUACGCAAAUUAAAUCAUGAGCGCCUCCCUCAAUUAAUCAACCAUGUGAAAUCAAAUAUUAAAUCAAAAUCAACACUUGAUAAAGAUGCUAAACGACAAUGUGGAAUAUUGGAUCCAACUUUACGAGAUAUAUACUUACUAGAAUGGAAGGUAUCGCUGGCAAAGGGGCCACCACCGCCCAAGCCUGACAGUAAACCCCGACAAAAAAUGCUCAAGGCUGAUGAAGAAGUUGUUGAUGACAAAGAUACGAUGAAUCAAGAGCAUGAUAGCGAUGAUAGUUAUGAGUCUGAUUUCAUUGACGACUCUGAAAUCACAUACACCGAGGAACAAUUAGCAGAACUCAGAGAAGCCGGAAUUAUAAUUGAACCUGUGGGAACUGAAGUAUCUGUCGCAGGACCGUUAGAUACAUCAUCAGAACAACCGAUUGAUAAGUCAGGGUCCGUUAAUGAAGACAAAAAAUCGCCUCAAUUAUUGUCUAGUGUUUCCAAUGUUGAAGAGAACCAUCUGACACGUCACGGAGAAGAGAUAGAAGUAAUUAUACUGGACAGCGAUUCUGAGGACGAUGAUAAUGAGACUAUUGAAAAAAGUGAUAAAGUUCCAGAGAAGGUAGUCAGCACGCGAGGUUCGGAUAGUGCGGAAAAUUCCAAGGUGAACAAUGACAACGAUAUGGAGUUGGAUUAUCACCAGCAACAGGAAGAACAAAGGAUUCUGGAGGUGGAAUCCGAUGAACUUUUUUUAAAAUAUGAUCCACAGGAUUUGAUGCAAGAAAUACAAUCGGCAAUAUUUUACUGGCAUUGGGAUGAAGAUAUGAAAAAAAAGUCGCCGAUGGCUCCUUUAAUAAAUGACGAUUUUACACUUUACUUACAGCUUCAGAAUGCGAUAUCUAAAUCUAUGCUUAGUCCUGAAGCUGUUGAAGAACUUAAGAGAGUGCUACCUCUGAUACCGGAAGGAAAACUUGAUGCGCGUGAGGAUUCUGAUGAUGAGCGUUAUGAAAAAAAUUAUAUUGGAGACAGUGAUGAUGAUGAUUUGACUUAUGUUUCCGGGAGUAAAUCUUCAUCCCGUCCAAAAAAAAGGUUCCGAGAAACUGCUGAAGUUAUUGAACAGCGCAAAGAAAGAAUGGCACUUGAGCAAGGUUACAGCAGACGAUAUGCAGAGCAAGAAAAGCUUGCGGAUCCAAAGGAUGGGGUUAUUAUUAAUCUUGGACAUCUUGAAAAUGAAGACCACAUUUACAUUACUGAUUCAUUAAGUAAAAAAUUGAAGCCUCAUCAGAUCGAAGGUGUACGAUUUCUAUGGAAAAAUAUCGUUAUGUUUAACAAGGGAUGUGUCCUCGCACAUUCUAUGGGUUUAGGAAAGACAGUACAGGUUAUUACCUUUUUAUAUACGCUCUACACGGUUCGAUCAACAGAUUCUCGUGCAAUUUGUGAUCAUCUCAAGGCUUUUCGAGUGUUAAUUCUUUGCCCAAAAAUUGUUAUUGAUAACUGGGAAAAUGAAUUUAUGUCUUGGCUUAAUGAAAAUAAUCUGAAAAAUGCUUUUACAGUUUAUAAAUUAGGAGAAAUUAAGGAUUAUAAAGAGCGACGUGAUUUGAUAAAUAGGUGGCAAAAAGACGAAAAGGGUGGCGUCUUCCUAAUUAAUUAUGAUAUGUUCAGGCAGCUUGUAAUGAGUGAAGUCGAUGAUGACCGUAGAUCCGAGUUUCGCAAAUAUCUCUUAAAUCCUGGUCCAUCUUUAGUUGUGGCAGAUGAAGGUCAUAUUCUAAAGAACAAAGAGACUCAACUUCAAGAAGCGCUCACGCAUUUGAAAACACCCAGUCGCAUAAUACUCACCGGAUCUCCUUUACAGAACAAUUUGAUUGAAUACUGGUGCACGAUAAAUUUUGUUUGUCCAAACUACCUUGGAUCACUCGAAGACUUCAAAAGGGUUUAUAUUAACCCAAUCGAGCAUGGGCUUUAUGAGUCUGCUGAUUCCCAAGAGAAGAAGACUUCAAGGAAAAUGCUUUUUGUGCUUAGUCGUAUAAUAGAGGACAUCGUUCAUAGGCGGAAUGUAUCGAUACUUGAACGCGAGCUUCCACCGAAAAGUGAAUUCCUUAUCACAUGUCGAAUGAUGAACAGACAAUUGAUGCUUUAUAAGUCGCUAAUCGAAAAACUCAGCGCAGUAGGUGCAGGUGGGCAAGUGAUACGAUAUGCUGAUCUUUUAAGCAUCCUUUGCAAUCAUCCAUCUAUUUUCUUUAAUACCUUGGAUAAGGAAAAUAAAAAUUUGACCGACAAUAAUACAAUUAUACCUGUCAAUGAGUCAAAAACUGUACGCGAAUAUAUGCAUCAUAUUUGCCGUGAAUAUAAAGGUCUUGAUGAGAUUUCUGAGUCGAGUAAAAUGCAAAUUCUCAAAGAGAUCUUAAUUAAGUGCGAGCAAAUAGGAGAUAAAGUCAUCAUAUUUUCAAAAUCAAUACCGACGCUGAAUUAUAUCGAAAGGAUGAUUCUAAAAAAUGGCACCUAUAUACGGAUUGAUGGAGAGACGCAAACUAAAGAACGGCAGCGUUCUAUCGAUAGCUUUAAUAAAUCGAAAUUUUGGAAAGUUGCAUUGAUAUCAAUAAAGACUGGUGGUCUUGGAGUAAACAUGUACGGUGCAAAUAGAGUAAUUCUUGUCGAUGGUGAAUGGAAUCCAAGUUUUGCAGAACAGGCCAUUGGAAGGGUAUAUAGAUAUAAUCAAAAAAAAGCAGUAUAUGUAUAUCGGUUUAUCACAAACGGGACCUUUGAAGAUAAACUCUUUAUCCGUAACAUUCACAAGAUGGGUCUCUCAUUACGUGUAGUUGAUCAAAGAAAUUUGAGUAGCAUGCUGUCAAAACAAGAUGUCAACUCGGACUUCUAUGUGAUCCCUGAUUCAAACAUUGUAUGCAAACUUCCUGAAAAACUAGAUUUUGGAGAUAAAGUGCUCGAGAAUAUUGCCGGACGUAAUCGAGAUAGAAUUAUUGAUAUUCAACGAAUGAACAUAUACUUUAAUGAAGAUCAAUAUAAUUUAGAUAAUGAAGAUGUACUUCAUGCACAAAGACUGUUAGAAGAGGAAAAAAGCCGGCUUCAGAUUUAA